CGACAUCGAUAGGGUCGCACCGAAAAUUUACGCUCGAAACGAAACCUGAAAUCGACUUGAAGGCACGUUAAUCUCCUAAAAACGAACCUAGAAAUCGACUUCAAAUUUGACCAGUCUCUUGAAACUGAAACUAGAUAUCAACUUCAACGUUCUUCAGUUUCAUGAAAACGAGACUUGAACUGGCCGAAAAGUGCUCCAGGCUCCAGAACGUAUUGCAAUCUUCUCACCUAGAUAUUCGCGAUAUUUUAAACACCGAACAAAAAUAAAUUUCAGAUCAGUGACUGUUUUUUUCGAUUCUGAUUCAUCGAAAGCUUGAAGGAUGAAAACCAUGAGCUUCUGCAACGUUCCUGGCAUAGCAUGCCUGAUCCUGCUGUCCAUCUUCAUGGUGGCCACCCUAGCGGCACCUACACCUGGUGACUAUGGUGGACAUGGUGGAUUUGGUGGUGGCCAUCUUGGUGGACAUGGUGGAUAUGGAGGUCAUCAUGGCUACCGUCAAGAAUAUUACGGCCCCGCCCACUACGGGUUCCAGUAUGGGGUCCAUGACCCCCACCACGGGGCGAACUUUGGGCACCAGGAGGAGAGGGAGGGGUACACCACCAGGGGUUCAUACUACGUGAACCUGCCUGACGGGCGGCUACAGAAGGUGGAGUACAUCGCUGACGAGCACGGCUACCGCCCCAUCGUAUCCUACGAGGGGCACGCGCACUACCCCUCACAUGGGGGGUACGGGGGGCACCAUGGCGGGGGUUAUUAA